UGGUCAAAUGUCAAUGUUCAAUUAAAAUUAAAAUACUAUUAUUUAUUUAUGUAAAAAUAUAUAAUAUCGUUCCUUUGCUAAAAAUAUGUAACUUGGUGUGUAAGAAAUGGAACCAUUGUCGUAUUUCAGUCUUCCACCCGUAGAUUCGGAGUUACCGAACUUGACUAAUAGAAUUAAGUCCCAUGAAGGUGCUGGUGAUGAAGUGUUGUCUCAAUAUUUGACUGGAGAUUACGAUGAAGUACUGGCUCAGUUCUUGUCUGGUGACGAGCACCUGGAAGAACCUGACUUAAAUGGACCUACUACAUUGCACUGUGAAAUAUGUUGGAAACAGUUUGAUAAUGCUAAAAAAUACUAUGGACAUUUACGUGUCCAUUCAAAAGAUAACCUCUGGAUGUGUGACCAAUGCCCUGAUCAAAAGUUUUCAACAAAGCAACAGUUAAUGAAGCACAGCUUAAUCCAUCAACCUUUGGAACGUGUGUGGAAGUGCCCUCAAUGCAACAUGGCAUUUGAAUCCCUGUGGAGGCUUCAGCAGCACCUUUUUGCUAAACACUUAAAUUACAGACCGCAUAAAUGUGAUCUAUGUGAAAAGUCAUUUCAUAAGUUGUCAGAUCUCAAGAAACAUAAAGCAGUUCACAAUGGUGAAAAGAAACAUGCAUGUACAAAGUGCAAUGCAAAGUUUGUAGACAAGUCAAACCUGAAACGUCAUAUGCUAACUCAUAAUAAUGAGAAACCAUUUUGCUGUGUCAUGUGUGGAAAUAGAUUUAAACAGUCUUCCUCGUUGCUCGUUCUUCAAGUUGAAGUUUCCAUCACGAAAUCGUUUAAACCAAAACCGGUACGUUCAUUAGCAGCCCCCUCCCCAAACGCAACAUUGAUAUUGCGUUCUGUUUCUGCCGCGUUACUUGCGCGUCGGAACUCGUAUUCAAAAAUCACACGUAUUUUGGAAUUGGCAUCUCUGAAACGUCACAGCCAGAAUUGUGUUCAUGUUAAACAAACUUCUGAAGAGAAGGGAGUCAGCAAGAAUUAUUGUAGGGUAUGUGGGAUGAUAUUCCAGUAUGAAAGUGCCUUAUUGGAACAUAGUGUUAGGGAACAUGCAACUACAUCUCAUACUGAGAAACCCAGUCAAAUCACAAUAGACACUAGAACUGAAGAUAAUAUUGUCGAUGACAUUUUAUCUGCCGAAGACGAUUACAUGACUAUGUCCACACAAAACGCCCUACUCAAUGGAUACAGCAUGCAAACGGAGCCACGUGUAGACAAUAAUAUGACACACACAAAUAACUUACAAUUGCUAGACGAUGAACUUUUCUAUGGUGAUAUUGAUUUAGAAAGUUUUCAAAACAAUCAAAUAUUCAAUAUGAAUACUAAUGAAAUAGACUAUAAUACUAAUGAUAGAAGUACAGAAAUACAGUUAGAUUUUACGGAUUAUAGCCGGAGUAUAUAUCAAGAUAUUAUGAAUGCAUUGUACAAUGUCAAAACUGAAACUUUACCAGAUGAAUUGUUGAAUGUUCAUGAUGUAACCAAUUUCAUUGAGAAACCGAAUAAUGUAUUAGAAAAUCCUACAGUAUCGGUGAAUGAAUGUGCAACUAUAUUUGAGAGUGAUGUGGACUUGGAAGCGAGUGCCAAUUUGACUGCAAAUCUAAAUCAAUUGAUAGGUGAGAAUAGUGUUCAGUACAUUUCAACUGAGGAUGAUGACACAUUUAUAAUCAGUUUAAAAAGUGAAAUAGAUGCGGAACAGUUAACUGAUAUGUUGAAUAUAGGUGUAGAAUUAGUAGAUGAUAAUAAUAAAGCAUCAGAUCCUAGUGUUAUAGAAAAUAUGUAUGAUGUGGACAAUUCUGAGAAUGCGGUAGAUAAUGAUGACCCUAUAGUGAUUAAAAUUGAAGAUAUUUCUGAAAACGUGGAAGAAAAUGGUGAGCCUAUAGUGAUAAAAAUUGAAGAACCACCCAAAGAGAUAACCUCUGAAAUAUCUGGGGACAAAGAAAAUAAGUAUACAAGGAAGACAAAAAUCAAAAAGCAGACUAUCUUUUUAUGUCGGAAAUGUAAUAAAGUUUUCAUUAAAAAAGAUAACUACAGAUCACAUAUAGCGACUCACGAUUCUUCCCUGCGGCGUCACAAGUGUUCUGUGUGUCACGAGAGGUUCAGUUAUCGGUCGACGCUCAACAAACACUUUGCGUCUUAUCACGAGCCGAGGGUGAUCAACGCGCACACUUGCGACAUCUGUGAUAGACAGUACAAAGCUAACUGGAUGCUGAUGAACCACAUCCAGCGGGUUCAUAAUGGUCUAACUCCUCACCAGUGCGAUGUAAAAGGCUGCGGAAAGAAGUUCUUUAAAAAAUCCGAUUUAGUCGUACAUAAGAGGUAUCACACGGGGGAGCGCCCGUUCGCUUGUGACGUUUGCGGGCGGCGUUUCCCAAACGUUUCACAUUUACGGAGACACGAGCGGUCUGUGGAUUGCACGAAACGGGCGCGGUUGGGCGACCGCCCAGGGGCGCCGGACGAAAAAAGGGCGCCGCGUCCUACGGCGCCCUUUUUUCGUCCGGCGCUUCUUUCUGAUUCUGUACAAUGA